CAGCCAUGGCAGGGAGCUCGAACGUACCCCACAAGACCUCACUGCCUGAGGGCAUCCAAGCGGGCAAUGUGAUGCGAAUUCGGGGCAUCAUUCCUGACAAGGGGAGCAGGUUCUACGUGAACCUGCUGUGCAGCGAUGAGAAGGACAGCGAGGCCGCCCUGCAUUUCAACCCCAGACUGGACGAGUCCACGGUGGUCUUCAACUCCCUGGAGCGGGGCACCUGGGGCAAGGAGGAGCGAGGCAGGGGGAUCCCCUUCCAGGGCGGGCAGCCCUUCGAGGUGCUCCUCAUCGCCACCCAAGAUGGCUUCAAGGCCGUGGUGGGGGACCAGGAGUACCACCACUUCCGCUACCGCAUCCCCGCGGCCCGCGUGCGCGUGCUGGAGGUGGGCGGGGACGUGAAGCUGGAGUCCGUCAAGAUCUUCUGA